GGAACAUUAUAUUAGUUGAAACAUUGUAGCAUACCAGGACUUGCAAUUGACACUUGACCACCUCCGUCUCCUACCCAACUGUCUUAGGGAUGGAAAUUGAUUAUAUUGAAAACGAAAACUCCCUAUUACAACCUCCUGCAGUUCAGAGGAGACGGAUUCGACCAGUGGACGAUGCUCAUCCUUUUGAUCUAGACGCAUACAUCUUGGGAUAUUCUGGUCGCACUGCAUUCGACAGGCUUGUGCACAUUAUCUCAACAUGUCCAACUUUGGCGCCACAGGCGUUGAAGCUGGCGUUCGCGCAGAUCGAGGUGCUUCGCGAUCCAACCCUUUAUCAGACCGCGAUGAAUGCAUAUGAUGCUGUGGCGGACCUGCUGGAGGUGCAGGUACCUUCCACUAGUGACCUGUGCUCAGUGAACACGGUGUGGUGUGAAGAGGUUGCGAAGAAGAAUCAAGCGGAGAAAACCAAGCUAGAGGUUGAGCUGAAGACAUAUUCUAACAACAUGAUCAAAGAGAGCAUAAGGAUGGGCCACAGGGACCUCGGUGACUUCUACCGCGCCACUGGAGACUAUACCCAAGCACUCAAACAUUAUACGAAAUCAAGGGAGUUCUGCUCAACUAGCCAGCAUGUCCUUGAUAUGUGUCUUUCUGUACUAGAGCUUGUGAUCGAGCAACGCAAUUACGCACAUAUAUCUUCCUACGUCUUUAAAGCGGAAGGUGCACUUGAUACGGCAAACGCAACAGCAGUAGCCAACGUCGCUGCCGGUUCCAACAAUAGCUCAGUUGCCGCUCCACCUAAAAAAUCAGCGGAGCGCGACCAGGUACAAUCUAAGCUGGACUUUGCAAUGGCUUUGUUCCACCUAGGACAAGUCAACUACGAGAAAGCUGCCCAUUUCUUCCUGAAGAUCGGCUCUCCAGAUUCUCUUGGCGAUUGGAUUGGCAAGAUUGUCGCUCCUGGUGACUUUGCAGUAUAUGGGACUCUAUGCGCUCUUGCUAGCAUGUCGCGAUCUGCAAUUAAGUCUCAACUUACGGGCAACCCUAUUUUCUCUGCGUACAUUGAACAAGAGCCUUAUGUUCGAGAUUUGAUCCAAUCAUAUCUCUCAAGUGAUUUUAAAAGCGUCCUGGAGCUUCUUGAGCGAUACUCGACACGCCACUAUUUGGACAUUCACCUCUACUCGCAUGUGUAUGACCUGACAAACCUCAUUCGCAACGUCGCGGUGGUCCUUUACUUCCAGCCAUUCCAGACCAUUCGCCUCGACCGAAUGAGCGCCGCAUUCGGCUGGACAGUCGAGGAGGUUGAGAAGGAGGUAGUCGCGCUCAUUCAAAGCGGCCAGAUUCAAGGGCGAGUUGACAGCCAGAACAAGAUCCUGAAAGCGAGGAAGGUGGAUCAUAGGGCCGAGCUAUUCGCGCAUGCCAUGAAGACUGCUACUGAGAUACAAAGCACAAACCGCAAGUUGCUGUUGCGGAUGCGUUUGCAACAAGCAGACCUAGUGGUGAAACCACCAAAGUCGCGUCGUGAGCAAGAUCGCACCUCGGAGCUUUUGCAAGGCGAUUGAGCAUUCGAUGACGAGGCUACCAUACUGUAUCACAUUACACAGUUUGCAUUGUAUCACCUCUGGUUCUAGUAGCUACUGUGUAAGAGACAUUAGCGCCCGCAUUUCCUGCUCCACAGGCAAUGUCGUGUAUGACUUUGUGAGCUUUGGCGACAUAUGAGUAGAAUAGGAAACAAUUUAUUAUGUACGAGAAACCUUAA